AUGUACUCCCGAAAGGACUACAACGCGACAGAAUGUAGCAGUAGCUGGAUGUACACCGAAGACGAUAAGGACACGACCUCCGCGACGCUCAAACACCUUGAAUAUCUUCCACCCUCUGGCUCUGCCUCAACCACGCCGCCAUCCGCAUUAUCCUCACAUGGAACUGUCCCACGGACCUCUCGCGCGCGUCUCUCCCAACCAGACGUCUCACCAACUCCCUUCCCCGAUGAACCGAUCCUACUUGGAACCGCCGCCGAGGCGAAGGGCGGCUCAGACCUCCCACCGUCAUCUUCUACGGUCCUCUACCUCGCCUACGGCUCCAACAUGUGCGCCAAAACUUUCCUGGGGAUGCGCAACAUCCGUCCCCUAAGCCAAGUGGUCGUCUCCGCGCCUUCGAUCCGCUUGACCUUCGAUCUACCCGGCAUUCCUUACCUGGAGCCCUGCUUCGCCAACAUUGCUUUGCGGAAGCUACCCAAGAAACCACCCGUGGUACCGAUUCCCCCUCUGGACCCACCACAUCUCCCGCCUCCGGGACAACCGAAACCAAAACCGCAACCACCGUCCAAGAGCUCCUUGCAAGAGGAUGACUGGAACAUGGACAUAGGAGGUCUCAUCGGCGUGGUCUACGAAGUAACAGCAGAAGACUACGCCCGCAUCCUAGCCACCGAAGGCGGCGGAGCGAGCUACCACGAAAUUUUGGUGCCCUGCAUCGAACUUCCUGCUCCUGUGCGAAUUCCCGAGCAUCCACGUCCGGAGUUGCCCAAGCCGUUCCUGGCAAGGACGUUGUACGCUCCUCAGUUACCUGACCUGCCCGAGGACGAUCCUAAGAACCCCAAACCCAAACCUCCUACCUCUUAUUCCACCUUCACCGACGGCCCCAGCCAGCGCCAGCCUGACCACCCGCAGCGCCCCUCGGAUCCCAAGGACCCCAAAAAACCAGAACUCCCACCAAAAUGGCAUCAACGCAUCUCCAAAUUCCUCCUCCCAAUCCACCGCCCCCAAACCCCCUCGCCUCCUCAACCCUCCCUCCGGUACCUCUCCCUCCUCCGCUCCGGCGCCCUCGAGCACGAGCUACCCCCCUCCUACUGCCGUUACCUCGACAACCUGGAACCCUAUACCAUCACCUCUUGUCGACAACAGAUCGGCAGACUUAUAUUCAUGGUAAUCUGGAUGCCGUUGUUUAUGAUUGUGCUCAAGGUGACGAAGUUGGUGGCGGAUGAUAAGGGCAAGAUACCCGGUUGGAUGGCCGGGGGGAUGGCGGUUAUGAUGCAUUUUGUUUGGGUGAGCUAUGAUUGGGUGUUUAAACCGGUGUUUGGAGAGGGGGAGAGGACGGUUCAUGAUGAUGAUGAUGAUGACCACAAAGGUGGAAAGGGGGAUGAAAGCGGGGAGGAUGGAAAGGGGUGGGUGAAUGGGAGGAAGAGAUCGGGGUCUUUUACUUGGUUGAGUAAAAGGAGUGAGAGGGCGGUUGAUGAUGAAGAGAAGAGGUGUUUGUUGAGUUGA